UCCAUGUCACUCUGUGUCUUACCCUCACCUUUCACAGGGGAUUUGCCAUAAUAGAGAGCUCAAUAACAGUUCAGCUUUCAAUGAACUGUCGGGUCAUUUUCAUCAUUUUUGGUGUUUCCUGAUUCGCACGGUUUGUUGCAGUAACUGGUGGUAACUAAGGAUUCUUUUCUGUGGACUGUAGAGGGAAUAUUUUAAAGGUCAAAGAGUUUCGUGUAAUGUAAGACAUUGUUUCAGUCAUCAGGGGUUUGAAGUUAAAAGUCUCCGCCAUGGGUCAGCGCCUGAGUGAAGAAAGUGAUCCAGACAAGGAGAUUGAUGUCGCAGAGCUGCAGGAGUGGUAUAAGAAAUUUGUCGUGGAGUGCCCAAGUGGAACUCUCUUCAGGCACGAGUUCAAGAGCUUCUUCGGUGUAACGGAAAACAAGGAGGCUGCAGAUUACAUUGAGAACAUGUUUCGAGCCUUCGACAAGAACGGCGACAACACCAUUGAUUUUCUGGAGUACGUGGCGGCCUUGAACUUAGUGCUGAGGGGUAAACUGGAGCACAAGCUGAAAUGGACAUUUAAAAUGUACGAUAAAGAUGGAAGCGGAUGCAUCGAUAAAACAGAGCUUCUAGAAAUUGUUCAGUCUAUUUAUCGACUGAAGAAAGCCUGCCAUGGAGAGCUUGAUGAAGAGUGCAAUCUGCUGACCCCAGACCAAGUGGUCGACCGCAUAUUUGAGCUGGUUGAUGAAAAUGGAGACGGGGAGCUCUCACUGGACGAGUUCAUUGAUGGAGCAAGGAGGGACAAGUGGGUGAUGAAGAUGCUGCAGAUGGACGUCAACCCAGGGGACUGGAUGAAUGAGAGAAGACGCAGUGCUAACUUCUAGUCAGAUCAGUCAGAUCCUCCAUGUGUAACCAAUCACCCUGCUUUGUAUCUAUAUCAGUUUGUAUGAUUGUAAAAAGUAGACAGAACUACAGUCAUCCUUGCAUUGUGCCACACUAUUUUGCUUGUUAAGAGUAAACCUUUACGGCAUUAACGUAAAUGAGCAGAAUUAGGUUGUCAUGUAUUGCCAUUGCUGCUCUUGCUCUUUUUAUAUGCAUUUUUUUUUUUACAGAUGCUGCAGACAUGAAUUACUUGCAUUAAAGAUAUUAAACACACUUACUUGAAAUCUCUUCUCAACUACGUUCCACCACAAAGAAAAUACUUUUUCCUUCCUUUUGUUGCUUAUUUAGGACGAUUAUCAAGACUAUGUGGGCAAGAGUUUAUACAUUUUUCCUCACCCAUUUUACAAUUUAAAUGUGGCAGCUGUAAGAAAACAUAUAACUAACCAUUUUCUCAUUGGUACACUACACUCACAGCUUAUCCUGAAUUGAGACAUUGUAUAAUAUAUAGACCACCUGCGUAUUUGUGGGGUCUUUUUAAACCACACAAACAAUAAAUAAAAACAUUU